AUGACUAAUCACCCGACUUUUGUUUUUCUCCCUGAACCAGAGAACCUCAUAGGAGGGAAACAGGUCAUUUUUAAUGUAAGGGAGCUGCUAGGAUUGGAGGGGCUUUGGUGCUCAACCAAGGAAAUCCUCAGGUUCCGGGUGGGUCAGGAUGGGGGUCCCAGUCGCGGUACGAGGGAGGAGAGAUGCGACUGUCAGCGCUGUUCCCGAGCCUGCUGGACCGGAGCCCGUCACGUCCCCCGCCCUUGGGUACGCGUUGGUCCCCGGACCCCCGCCCUCCAGCAUAGCCUUGCAGAUGGGCCACGGCUGCGGCGCAACGUGCCCGACACCGCGGUUGGACCCCGACUCCCAGGGCGCGGGCCCGGGAGUCCGGGCACCUGCGGGCGCCGGGUCCCCGCAACACCUCGGCUUUCCAGAGUCCGCGGAGCUCCCAGUCCCGCGCAAGCGUCCCUCGACCGGGUUUUGAGGCCCCUUCCCGGGAGAGCAGGGGUCGGGCCGGCCUCGCCUCGCCCGCCCACCCUGCACACGGCCCCUGCGCUGGCACUUACAGGGCUCGGCCGCUGCCCCGCGAGAGCGUUCCCCGGGGGUCCAUGGCGCUUCCGGACCCGCGAUUCAGGCCGCGGCGUCUCGCAGCACCGCCCAGAAAAUGGACGCCGGCGGCUCGGCUCGGCCGGCCCGUCCCGCCCCCGGCGCGGGGUUGGGGACGCCACCCGGCCGGGAAGAGGGCUCCUCGGCCUCAGCCGCGGGCCGGGCUCCGGGGCACCAACGAGCGAGUCCAGGACCAGGCCUCGGGAGGACUGA